GCUAAAGUCCACAAAGUGCGCUGCUCAUUAGACCGCGUCGCACGUGCGAUAUGGUGAACCGUUGUAAACCGGUCCGGUCCACUUAUAUGGUUAAAUUUGUACCCCUCGCAUCUCUUCUUUAUUUCCCGUUGCUGCCUAACUCAACUACAUUUCUUUAUUUGUUUUUUUGGAGUACCAAUUUCAAAUUUGUUGAGAAGAAGAGGAGUGGAUUGCAGGUUCUCUGGAGGUCAGUGGAGGAAAUGGGCUGCUUCUUGGGGUGCUUCAGGAUCAAAGAUGAUGGCAGCCGAAAAUGCCAUGUGCUAUCCAAGUUCUACUCCUGGAAGAGGAGGGAUCUGGUGUUGGAUAGGAAUCAGUACUCUUCAAUGGUUUUAUCUGAAGAGAGAGGCUCUCCUACUGGGAAAGCGGAACAGGUGUUUAUCCAAGAGAGUUUUGACGGGGAUGAUAGUGUUAACGAGAAACUAAGGCAAGAGGCAAAAUUCCUCAAAACUUGUGGUGCUAUACUAGAAACUCCAAUCGAAAUCCGCCAAGCAUCAGUUCAGCAAUCUGCAGCUUCUGAUCCACACUCUAUAAAGAUCAACUGGGACCAACAGCUUGAAAAAACUGAUAAUCUUCCUGCAAAGGAUCCCGAAACCUUAAUUUUCAAAGAAGAUACACUCGAAAGCUGCAAAUAUGAGGAAAAUAAUGAUGAGAUGAGGAAGAUAGUAAGGUUCGAAGAGUUGAAUCAUUCUGUAGCUGGGAAAAUAAAUUCUUCUGGCUUAGAUAUAUCCCCUCAAACUGAAGAUGGGAUACAACCACAUGGUUCUGAGUCACCUUAUCCUACUCCACUGAACUUAUUGGAUGAGAUGCAAACACCAGGAACCAUAUAUCCGCCGAAGUGGGAGAAGUUCAACCACAGGAUCAGAGCUCAAUUUGUUUAUCCUGUUCCAGCACUCUCUCAAAGUUCAUAUGCUCUAUGUGAAGACAGGGAGAAGACACAAAAGGCUCAACCUUCUUCCCUAGACAAGGAGUUGAGACCUCCAUUGCCGAAGGAUGGGAAGAAGAACAUGAUUGAACCUUCUCAUUCUGAUAAAAGUCCCGACGAAGAUGGGCCGAUUAUCAUCGCUGCUGCAGCUAGUUCGAACGAUGAGGAGCUUUCACGCAUCUCUCCGAAACAAUGGGAUGGUAAUGGGAUUCCAAAUUCGACGACGAAGUAUAAGGAGGAUCAAAGAGUUAGUUGGCAUGCCACACCUUUUGAAGUGAGGCUGGAGAAGGCCUUAUGGGAUGAAAGGGUUUAUCCUCCCAGGAAGCUUGAUGGAGGAUUAGUGGGUAUCGAAGAUGAGAGCAGAGUAUGAGAUGUAAUUAGGUCUGUUGGCAUGUCGAAAGUAUUACAUAUCAAUUAGUGGGGUGUGAACAUUCCAAUUUCGAGUUUAUCCAAUUAUGUGCGUUAAAUCGGCUUCAAUUUAUGGAAUUUGGCUUGAAAUUAAGUUGUGGAUUUAAUAAUAAUUUGAUUUUAGGGACCCAAUCAAAUUAAUUGGUUAAGGCUUUGUUCGGGGUAAAUUUC